AUGGAAAAACUCCUCAACAAAUAUGGAGUAGUCCAUAAGGUUGCCACACCAUACCACCCUCAGACUAACGGCCAAGCUGAAUUGGCAAAUAGGGAAUUGAAGAAGAUCCUAGAGAAAACAGUGGGAAUCACAAGGAAAGAUUGGGCUAGAAAGCUAGAGGAUGCAUUGUGGGCAUAUAGGACAGCUUUUAAAACUCCUAUUGGCAAAUCACCCUUUCAGCUUUUAUAUGGCAAAUCUUGCCACCUCCCUGUAGAGCUUGAACACAGAGCUUUUUGGGCCACUAAACUCCUCAACCUUGAUUCCCAAGCUGCAGGAGAGAAGAGGCUACUACAACUAAAUGAGUUAGACGAAUUCAGGCUAGACGCUUAUGAAAAUGCCAGGAUAUACAAGGAGAGAGCUAAGAGGUGGCAUGACAAGAAGAUCACAAAGAAGGAAUUCAAGCCAGGACAGCAAGUGCUUCUGUACAAUUCAAGGCUUAAACUUUUCCCUGGCAAACUAAGGUCUAAGUGGACUGGGCCAUACUUGGUGACAAAGGUCUUUCCCUAUGGAAGUAUUGAAUUGCUUGAUGAGGCAACAAAGAAUCAAUUCACAGUAAAUGGCCACAGAGCAAAGUUGUACUUGGGAGGACAUUGGGAUAAGGAAAAAAAGGUCCAGAACCUACAUUCCUCUUGA